AUGGCGCCCACUCCUGCUCCCAAACGAAUCUGUAUCGUCGGUGCUGGCGCAUCUGGCAUGUCUGCGGCCUAUGCUCUCAGCCGUCAUCCCGACAGAUACGAAGUCACGAUCUACGACAAACAGAACACGACGGGUGGGAUGGCAACUUCCGUCGACAUCGACGUCGACAAAUAUGGGGCAUCAUAUAUCAAUGACGGCGUCCAAGGAUGCAGUCCUGUCUUCGCAAAUACCAUACGGAUGUUUAGAAUGCUGGGCUUUGAGGCCACAGAGGUUGAGAUGCAGAUUAGUUUCGGAAAGGGUAAAGACUUUUGGACGAAUGUGUACCCCACGUCACUCGUAGCCCAAUUCCAAGGUGAUAUUGCGAGGUUCGGCCAUGUCCUUACGACUAUCAAGAGAUUCGAGCCCGUCUUCGCGAUGAUCCCCGUUCAUGUUAUGCUCAAGAUGUUCCGGUUCUCCAAGGACUUCGGCGAGAAAAUGGUCUAUCCUCUUGUAGCCCUGUUCUUUGGUACGGGUAAUCAAACACCAUAUAUUUCUAGCGCCAUUCUGGAACGAGUAUUCAAAGAUCCCAGUAUGCGUCUUUUCGAAUAUUCUGAGAAGAGUCUUCUUGCCAGCAUACCUACUAUGCUCGCAUUUCCCAAGCUGCAUGAUGUUUAUCAAGCCUGGAAGGACGAGAUUGUUUCUCGUGGUAACGUCACUUUCAAGCUCAAUCAUGAAGUACUCGAAGUUGUCUCUCGUCACACAAGUCGUGCCUCCCCAUCCGGUCCAGUGCAUAUCAAAUACAAAUCCGCUUAUCAAGGACUUGAAAGUUCGUCACAGGAGGCAUUUUUUGACGAGCUUAUUCUUGCCAUCGACGCGGAUUCUUGUCUGCAAUUGCUUGGAAAAGAGGCAACUUGGCUAGAAAACAGAAUUUUGGGCAAUGUGAAGUAUCUCUAUGACGUGACGAUCACCCACAACGACCUCGAGUAUAUGCAGAAGUAUUACGAAACGCAGUAUGAUUCCUCACACAAUGCUCCUCCUGAAGAGAAUGCUUCAGCUCAAGAGCGUCGUGAGACUGAAGACACGUUUACAUUUGCAAGAGACAGCUUCCGCCCCUUGUACUACACUAUGCAAUACCCACAAGAUAAAUCCAAGAUCGAAAUGAGUUUCGACCUGACGCAUUAUCAGCCACAAUUUAGAGGCGAAAAGCCAGCAGGUCCGAUUGAUCCCUCGGACACGUCAUCGCACAGGAACGAAUGCAAAUCGACAGACGUGACACGUGCUGCUCAGGACUCCAGCAAGUCGAUUGGCAACUCUGUUCGCGUCGGGCACGAUGCUAGCGGUCGUCCCGAACCUCCAUUGGAGAGGCAUGUCUUUCAGACCAUUUUCUUGGACCGCGACGGAUCUCAGGAUCUGUGGACAUGGAAAGAUAUCAAACCGGGGAAGAAGAUCUACGAGAAAUGGUGGAAGCAGCAGAGUCAUCGCUGGCAGCAUUAUGCGGGCACAGUUCCCUGGAUGAUGUGGAUCAAUGGCAGGAACAAAACAUUUUACGCCGGCGCUUGGUCAGUGCUGAACAUGCACGAGCUGGCCGUUACGUCUGGCUUCGCAGCUGCGUAUCGUCUCGGAGCCGAAUACCCAUUUCACGGCGACGAAGACUGCGAAAGAUUAUUCAGGAUGUAUCUCGCUACUAGCCACGGGGUCAGAAUGAGGAAGGCGGACAGGUCAGGUCUUUUGGCAUGA